AAGGACCACAACACCUGGGCUAGCUCCCCCUUUCUUACAUAAAUAUAUCACCACCUCAAAGCCCUCCAUUGCUAGUUUUGCAGAGAAGUAGAAAGAGAAGGAGAAAGAGAUGGAGAAGAGCAAGAUGAGAUGCAUGGGGCUUUUCCUGAUGCUGCUCCUCGUCCUCGCCGCCCAGGAGGCGGAGGGGAGGAUGUGCGAGUCCCAGAGCCACGGCUUCAAAGGGUCUUGCGUCAGCAGCCACAACUGCGCCCUAGUCUGCCGCAAUGAGGGCUUCUCCGGAGGCACUUGCCGUGGCUUUCGACGCCGCUGCUUCUGCACCAAGCUCUGUUGACGGCCAACGUGCGUGCAUGCUACAGAAUAAGGACGCGAUGACUAGCUUAGGCUGGUGUGUGUUCGCGUUGUAGUGAGUGAGCAAGUGAGCCAAAUAAAAUAAAUUUGAAGGUUCUGGGCUCGUUAGUUUCUCAGCUUUCUAGGGACUUGAUGUGCUUUUUCACCAUUCACUGUGCUCUCUCUUCCAUCACUUUUUGUAAUUUCCUGAUUCAAGGUUGUAAUGCGUUUCAUGCUUCCGUUUUCCA